GCUAUAUAACCCUUCAGUGUUCAGCCUCCCGGGACACCACCCACCCAGAGUGGAGAAGCCCAGCCAGUCGCUGUCAGGAACCCCAAGAAGCUGCUCCAGCUAUGUGUGAAGAAGAAGACAGCACAGCUCUGGUGUGCGACAAUGGCUCUGGGCUCUGUAAGGCCGGCUUCGCUGGUGAUGAUGCUCCCAGGGCUGUUUUCCCAUCCAUCGUGGGACGUCCCAGACAUCAGGGAGUAAUGGUUGGAAUGGGCCAAAAAGACAGCUAUGUGGGGGAUGAGGCCCAGAGCAAGAGAGGGAUCCUGACCCUGAAGUAUCCGAUAGAACACGGCAUCAUCACCAACUGGGACGACAUGGAAAAGAUCUGGCACCACUCCUUCUAUAAUGAGCUUCGCGUGGCCCCUGAAGAGCAUCCGACACUGCUGACAGAGGCACCGCUGAACCCUAAGGCCAACCGGGAGAAAAUGACCCAGAUUAUGUUUGAGACCUUCAAUGUUCCCGCCAUGUAUGUGGCUAUUCAGGCUGUGCUAUCCCUCUAUGCCUCUGGACGUACAACUGGUAUUGUGCUGGACUCUGGAGAUGGUGUGACUCACAACGUGCCUAUCUAUGAGGGCUAUGCCCUGCCUCAUGCCAUCAUGCGUCUGGACUUGGCUGGCCGAGAUCUCACCGACUACCUCAUGAAGAUCCUGACUGAGCGUGGCUAUUCCUUUGUGACUACUGCUGAGCGUGAGAUUGUCCGUGACAUCAAGGAGAAACUGUGCUAUGUUGCUCUGGACUUUGAAAAUGAGAUGGCCACGGCUGCCUCCUCAUCUUCCCUGGAGAAGAGCUACGAACUGCCUGACGGACAGGUGAUCACCAUCGGGAACGAACGCUUCCGCUGCCCAGAGACCCUCUUCCAGCCAUCUUUCAUUGGGAUGGAGUCAGCGGGUAUCCACGAAACCACCUAUAACAGCAUCAUGAAGUGUGAUAUUGACAUCAGGAAGGAUCUCUAUGCUAACAACGUCCUGUCAGGGGGUACCACCAUGUACCCAGGCAUUGCUGACAGGAUGCAGAAGGAGAUCACAGCCCUCGCACCCAGCACCAUGAAGAUCAAGAUCAUUGCCCCUCCAGAACGCAAGUACUCUGUCUGGAUCGGUGGCUCCAUCCUGGCUUCACUAUCUACCUUCCAGCAGAUGUGGAUCAGCAAACAGGAAUAUGACGAAGCUGGUCCCUCCAUUGUCCACCGCAAAUGCUUCUAAGCCCCCUGCUCUGCCUCUAGCACACAACUGUGAACAUUUUGUGGAUCAGUGCCUUCAGUUCCUUUCCAAAUCAUUCCUGCCCAAAGCUUUGAUUUGUUACUCGUGUUUUUUAAAUAAACCAGACAUGUGCUACCCU